AUGAAGCCAGAGUUGCGAGAGACAUGGACUCCCGCAAUCAACGUCCUAACACUGUUUAUGCUAGUCACUUGCAUACUGAGUGUUUUUACUCGGUUGGGCACAAAGUACUGGAUCUUUCGCAAAUUGACAGUUGACGAUUUUCUUAUCAUCGCCGCUCUGUUGACAUGUGUCGGUCAAUCCACCGCAGUAUGUGUGGCCACUGAUGGCGGGCUUGGACAGCAUUUUCUUCCCCUGGCGGCAUCUGAUGUCGAAAAGAUGAUGAAGUCUCAAUACGCUGCAAACAUCCUCUUCGUUAUCAGCAUGUGCUGUUCAAAACUCGCCCUGAUGAUGUUCAUUCGCAAUCUAUCACCCGCUUCUCUUGAUCGGCAGUUCGCUUUCGGUCUGGGCAUAUUUAUCGUUAUAUGGACAAUCGCUGGCGUCUUUACGGCAGCUUUCCAGUGUCAAGUUCCUGCGACUUGGGAUUACAUGAAUGGCAAAUGCUUCGAUAUGGUCGCAUGGUGGAACUACCUUGGUGUCACUAAUAUUCUAUCGGAAGCGGGAAUUAUCGCGCAGGCACUCUUGAUCAUUAUCCGUGUCCAAGCAGAUAUGCAGAAGAAGCUUGUUUUGUCCAGCGUCUUUCUAUUUCGAGUUAUCGUGGUGAUUGCCAUUAUCUGUCAGCUCGCCUACGCGAGAGACGCAAAGGGAUCGGGAGACCCAUCAUGGGAUACGUGGAUUGUGGUAGUUUCCACCCAAAUGACUCAGGCAUUAAGUAUCGUCACUGCCUGUUCUCCUCAAUUCAAACCUUUCCUCGACAGCCUUCGGUCAUCGGGAAUGAACUUAGGAGAAUCCAGCUAUGGGAGCAGACAGAGGACCUAUGCUGGCACCACCUACAAGGUAUCGCGUAGGGAUCGCAUGAGAGAGACUCACAGUGAGACGCAUGAGCUUGUUACUAUGCCGGAAGGUACUGUCAACCAGACUAUCGUGACUUCCUCGCCGGAUUCUGACGCCGAGAGCCAAACGAGCCAGUCGAAAAUUAUUCACGAGGUCCGAACAUGGACUGUGACUGAGACCCGACGGGAAUAUGGCUGA